AUGUCCCGUCUUUACCACAUCUACAACUUCAUAAUUCUAAUUUUUAUUCUCUGUCAAUCACCCGUAUGGGCCCAGUCCGUGGAACCCACAGACCUGUCCAUACCAUCGCCCCAAAGUGGGGAGAUCUCAAAUGAUCAACCAACAAUAAACCGGCGAACAAUCGUGACAGCACCAGACACCCCAAAUGGAACGCCCAAACCCUUCGACACACUGUCCUACAACUUCGCCAACGCAAGCACCUGCAUCGACUUCUUCACCAACUGGCGCGCAAAUACAACAAUAACAGAUUGCAACGCCAUCUCCCUCCUAAUCCAAAACUCAAACGCCUUCUUCCACACCCUAAGUUCCGCACCCGCCACAUCUCUCCUCCUCGACACAUCCUGCUCAAGCAAUGUAGCGCAAUGCGCCUCAACACUGACCAGCCUCGCCAUCGACCUCCUCAAACCCGAGAACUGCGGUUCGGACUAUGAAAAUGGCAACUCCGUCGUGAGGGGCAUGUAUCGCGAUCUCGUCGCAUACGAACCCAUGUACCGCGCAACCUGUCUCACGAACCCAUCAACGAAAGACUACUGUUUCGUCGAUGCGGUGUCGAAUUCCACCGCACCAGAUGAUUACAGCGUGUACUUGAUGCCGCUCGGGACGCCGCUUACUGUCGGUGCUGUACCGAGUUGUACGAAGUGUUUGAAGGCGACUAUGGAUAUUUUUUCGGGGUGGGCGAAACGGGAUGGGCAGUCGCUUGAUACGACUUAUCUUCCCUCGGCGAGGAUUGUCAAUGCGCAUUGUGGGGAGGGCUUUGCGGCUACUAAUAUCACGGUUGGGUCCGUGGAUGUCUUGGCUGGGGCCGGGGUUGGGUUGUUGCCUAAUCUUGGGAUUGUUACUGUCAUGGCUUUGGUUGUUGGUGUCAUGACAGGGGUUUGA